UCACUUCAAGAAACCCGCUGAUGUUUUUGCGCCACUCUGCCAUCUCGAAUGUUUCCUCGCGACGCGAUGAAGGACAUACUCGUGCUGCUGGUGAUGCUGCUGGAUGUGCACACAUUCAAGGUGUUGUCGCUGCCCUACCAUGCAGAGUCCAAUACAAAGUGCAAAAACCCAGAUCGAGAAUACUUGUUAGAGGCUUUGGGCCUAUGCUGCAAAAAGUGUCCCCCUGGAAUGCGACUGACGCGCGAGUGCAACAGAACAUCGGAGAGCGUGUGUGAGCCGUGUGAACGCGAGCAGUACAUGGAGAGCUGGAACUACGCGCCAAACUGCUUCCCUUGUGCCAAAUGCAAAGCUUACAAAGGGCUCCAGUUCGCCCACAACUGCUCCUCCACUGCCAUGUCCAAGUGUGCAUGUCGACUUGGCAUGUACUGCAUCAUGGAGUCUGAUGAGAAACACUGCACUAGUUGUCAACACUACACGUCCUGCAAAGCUGGUUAUGGAGUCUCUGUGCCAGGAACAGCGUACUCAAACGUCAAGUGCAAACAGUGCCGUAAUGGGACAUUCUCCGACACGUCCUCUUCAAAAGAGCCUUGUCGGCCUCAUACAAACUGUCACGGCAGACCUGUGUUAAGACAAGGCACUUCUACGUCGGACACAUUUUGCAAGCCUGGCCCGCUGCAGACAAGUGGGCAUCCUAAUCGCACUCCGACCAUGAGCCCAUCGAGCGUGGUCUCAGGGACUGUGGACUCUUUCCUUGGACCGGUUGUUUUGGAGGGCUCAUCCUCAAACUCAUUGACAAAAAGCCCAAAAGCUGACGGUGAACUGGGUGCGAUCCCACUUGCAGCAGUAGCCAGCAUUGUCGCCACAGUUGUGUUCUUCGUCAUCGUCGCCAUCGUUCUGCUGGUCCUUUAUAAGACCACCUGGACCAAAGGCACUGCGAACUUGCAUCCUAAAGAUGCCCCGAAUGGAAACUUUGAGAGCGGAAAUGAAUUCGAGACUCUGCGCACUUCCUUUGCGGCCAUCUCUCCGGGGGAGCAACGCCGCCUACUGCAGAGUACGGAGGGCAGUUGCGAUUCCAGCCACUGCGGCGGCGGCACUCGCUCGUCACACAGCAGCCAGGAGUCCAUCGGACCUGUGCAGUCCACCUUAGCCCUUCGCCACCCUCAGGAUUCUCCAUCGGGUUCCGGCGUCUAUUCGUGCAGCGUCUGCCCCGUGAGCGCCGGUCCGCACGUCAACGUCACUAUCACGUUCAACAUAGGCGAUGGAGGCUCACCCUCACCGCCAGGAGACUCGGAGCUCCACGUUGGACAGGAGGAAGAGUCCUUCCGUACGCCGAAACAGGAAGCGGGAAAAGAGUUGCCCGACCAGGAGAGUGUGAAAUAAAAUGCACGAACGCCACCUAAAGUGAGAUUUGGACAUAAAAUCGGGCCGAAUUUGAACAUGUUUCCCCGUCUUAUAUUCAGGCACGUGCACAGACAUUUUCGGGGGCAGGUGCUCUAGCCCAAAAAAGGCCACCCAUCGCCAAAAUUAGUCAUGCAAUUAAGAAAAAACAUGUAUUAACCUGUGUGUUUAUUUCUGUUGACAUAUUCAACACAGCGAAUAAAGACAACUAUUACCAAA